UUAAUAAUAACUUGUAAAAUUUCAGCUACUCCAAAAAAAAAAAACAACAAUAAUUAAUAAUAAUAAUUAAAGUGUUGAUAAAUAAAAUUCAAUUGUUUACAUCAAGUUAAGCUAAACAUAAAAGAAAAGAGUUGGUUCACUUUGACACUUGAUAUUUGAAAGUGUUGUUUUUUUUUUAAAAAAAAUAUAUUUUUACAUAAACAAUUAGUUGGAUAUUUUAUUACAUUAAAACAUCAUGAAGAAUUUAAUAUAUUUAAUUUUUAUUCUUGGAGUAGCAAGCAAUAGAGUAUCAGGAUUGAGUUGGGGUGGAAGAAUAUUAUGUUUUCAAUGUGUCAGUAAUCAGCCAGGAUGUGCUGAUGAUCAAAGUUGGUGGUGGUUUUCUGGUGAAUAUUGUCCAGAGGAUGAAGAUAGUUGUGUUAAAAUAAUUGAGACAAAAGGAGUUGAAAGAGUUAUCACGAGAGAUUGCUUGAGUAAUAUAAAAGCAAGAACAGAUAUACCUGCUGAUAAAUAUGAAGGAUGUCGAACAUAUGCCAAGGAUGUACGUCUUGGUCAUUAUGUCAAUAACAGUAUAGCCCAAUUAGAUAUUCAUCGUAAUUACUAUGAUCAAACUGAAUUUUGUUUUUGUCAUUUUCGUAAUCGAUGCAAUGCUGCAAGUGGCUUGACAAUUUCUGGAAUUUUAAUAACACUUGGUAUAAUUAUUCAUCAUUUUAUCAAUUAAUAUUAUUAUUUUUUUAAAUUUACUAUUAUAGUUCAAAAUGAACUAGUCCGUCCAGUGAAUCUCAGUGUAGAUUUAAAUAUAAUAUCAAAAAAUAAUUUAAUCUAUUAAGUUGAACGAUUGCAAUCGUACCUAUCCGUCCAAAAUAUUUAUAUAACUUUUUUAUAGAAAUUUUUUUUUUAUAAACUUAUAUUGACAAUAUAUAUUAAUUAUUAUUAAAAAUGGUAUUUUUUUUUUUUACUUAAAAAUUUAUUACUACAUUUGAAUUACUAUUAUUACAUGCAUAUGUAUAUAUAUAUUUUUUUUUUUUUAAAUUUGUACAAUUAUUUCUUACAUGAUUUUUAAAAACAAUGUAAAAAUGCUUAUAUUUGUUGUGAAAUUAUUGAAGCAACAAAUACAGAGGCAUAAAAUAAAAAUUUUAUCUUUUGUAACAUGAUUAUUAUUAUCAACGUAUGAACAGAUAUUAUUUUUUGUGUCAACGCAUUUACAAUAAAUUAAUUAAGAGCCAAUAUUUUAAAACAGUUUUCAAGCUGUAUUUAAACUGGAGGGAAUUGAUUAAAAAAAAAAAAAUUGAAAAAUUUUUUCAGUUCUGCUUUUAGGCCUUGAUGAUGUGCAAAUGUAUUUGGCAAUUUCGAAAUUACAACAUUCCGAAACCUUUUGAAUAAUUAAUUGCUUUUAACAAUCGAUCUUCAAGUUUUUCAAAUGAC